GACUGCGAGCUGGAUUUAUGUCUCGUUCUCGACAAAACGAAGAGCGUAGGAAGGGAAAAUUAUAACACCAUGUUGGAAGCAGUUCGUACACUUAUAUCCAAGUUCAAUGUUGGCCCCAGGAAAACACGUUUUUCAAUAGUCACAUAUGAUAAGAAAGCUCAGGUUCGGGUCAGCUUUAAGGAAACAGCGAAACAAAACAAGAAUGCUUUAAACAACCUUUUGGACUCGAUGAAGGCUCAAGACAGGUUAGGUAAUCCAACCCGUACUGAUUUGGCACUGGAGACGGUCAGUAACGAAGUAUUUACUACCGCAAACGGAGACAGGCCCAAUGCUCCUAAUGUAAUGAUUGUGUUUACCGACGGUGCAACGCACAAAAGUUCCAAGCCUUACAGCAAGGUUCUUCCCCCACUGGUGGUGAGUACACGUAUACUUAGCUCUUUACUACAUCAUAUUAUCGCAAAUCCUUCUUUUAUGUUUCUGCCGGUCUACUCACCUUUUCGUAGGUUUUUCUUUGAAAGCAAUAUAAACGGCUCAAGACGGCUUUGGAGUUUUGAUAGAGGCAAGGACGUUUUAAAGGAUAAAUUCUGAGUUAUCAUAAUUUUGUUAUCAACGCUUGACUUGUCUUAAACAUUCAAUACAUACAGUACACUCGAGUGCGUAAAAUUCGAACCACAUAUGAUCAAAUCACCAAUAGCUGAUUGAAAUCUAAUUGUGAAAGGGAGGGGGCAAUCCCGUGCAAAAGGAAGAGGAUGCUAUGAUAAUAAUAAUAAUAAUAAUAAUAAUAAUAAUAAUUAAUAAAGACUUUAUUAAUCCGUGAAAAUGCCUAGCUUACAAGAAGUGUAAACUAUUUGUGGACACCUAAAAAAAACUACCUAGUCAAACAAACUAAAAUAAACAAACUCGGAAACCCUACCCGCGCCCUCUAUAUUCCUAAAUAACCCUAAUUUUGUAAUUUCUUCGUAGUUAAGUUCAAAAUAUUUUAAUUAGUAAUUAGCUAACAUUGUAAUUAGUAUUAGAUUAAGUGUUGUAAAUAGUUAUUGUAAAGCAUUGUUCCUGAAAAGCCCCUCUGUAACCUGCGGAAACACCCGUUUCUCGUCGCUCUUCGCCGCUGGGGCCGUUUUGCGCGGAGGAACGUCUGCGACUCAGCGGCAGAAAUUCCAUACUGAUGACGCAAAUCAAUGUUUACAUAAUAAAUCCGGUAGUCACAGGGUUGCAAAUAUAAAUUUGUCCAAUUUUGCGAGUCUUCUGGACAAUUUUGGUAAAGUGUUAUGUUCAUCUGCCAACGAACUCUAGCAAAACUCAAAUGUUUGUUCUAGAGAAGACUAUAUUCCAUAGAUAUUGACUGUUUUGUUAGCGAUUCUUCGCGUUUACAUUUGACCUUUGUGGCCUUUUGUCUUUUGUCUGUCAUUCGCGAACAAUAGCUUAAACAAUGUAACCUCUCCGUCGACCAAUCAGCGCUUCUGACCGGAUUCCGGACAGAUUUUACGUCAUCAGUAUGGAAUUUCUGUCGCUGAGUCGCAGACGUUUCUCCGCGCGAAACGUCCCUGCGGCGAAGAGCGAGGAGAAACGGAUGUUUUCGCAGGCUAGCCCCUUUGGGGAGGUAACAAUAAAGUAUGUAUGUAUGUAUGUCCUAGAGGAGACCAAUUUUACUCCUCACCAUGAAAACUUCUGUAAUGAAAUUUCUCAAUUUUCAUGGAAAGCGAACUUGCAAAUCAGUUUAUCAUAUUAUAUUGUUUAAAGGCGUACUUUAAAGGGAUCAAUGCGGGAUAUUCGCUUAUUUGCCCCAAUCAAACUUGAGCAAAACCACGUAAGGUUCUAAAUUGGGAAAAUGAAAAUCUUUUCUAUCGUCAGUACAAUAAACUAUAUUUUGUAACUGAUAUUCAGGCUAAGGGCGUCCAUCGUAUUGCUGUUGGAAUCGGGAAAAAGAUUAAAUCAGACGAACUUGAGACUAUUGCAGGGAGCCCUGAUCGUGUGGUAACGGCUAAAAGUUUUGAUAAGCUUAAAAAAGAGCUGGACGAAAUACGUGAAAAAAGUUGCCGUAAGUACUCUAUAAAUUUCUCUUUAAUGAGUAACUGUUCCUAUCAUGUUUUUUCCUUAUUUUCGGCAGGUUACGGACAGUGUAUCCUGUUAAAACUGAGAAAAAAUGUUAGCUUUAAGUGCUCAUUACUUAAAAACGAGUUCGAGAAACCAAAUUUUAAUUUCAAAUAUAUAUUUUUGUUUAAAAAAUGUUGUUACUAGUUCAUAUCUACUCCUACAAAUACCCCGCUAGGACGAUUUCGGGAGAGAAACGACUUCGUUUUGGCUUUAAAAAUUCCACAGUGAUCAUGACGUAAAGUAAUGUAAACAUAACUAACUGUUUGGUUUGAGUUCAAGUCCUUCUGUAAAAAAAUAUGGCUUAUGCUCGGGUUCUUAAUUAAUACUUUUGGUUAAGGAAAUAUUUUCCUAGGAAAUGAGCGUAUCUUGUAGAUCAGGCAGAUUGUUUUCAUUUGUCUGUAAGGUUUAAAAGUUUUUUUAAAGAACAUAAUUACGCUGUCAACCAAUCAGAGUUCCUUAACAGAUUCUGAAAGUGCAGCAAUGUAAUGUGAGCAAGCUAGCUUACAGAUGCUUUUUUUAAUUGUGAUGAAAAUAAGGUAGCUCGAAUUUCUCAAACAUGGCGAAAAUUUGAAUGUGAGACGUACUUAUUGAUGUUCGCUGAUGAAAAAGAAAUCUCUACCAAGCUCUUUGUAGAGGGUCUUCUUGAUAUUACAUGCUUAGACUAAUGAGAGCAAAAACAAGGUACAUACGGGUAGAAAAUUGGUGACCUGUGUCUUAUUUCUCGUGUCUUUUUUUUAAAAAUUUAUUAAGGGGUAAAUGGAAACUAACGUAAACACUUUUAAAACUUUUUAUUUUAUUCUUACAAGGAAUUGACGGCGGUUAUACUGAAUGGAGUAAAUGGUCAGAAUGUUCUGCUACCUGCGGCGGAGGUGUGAGAUCGCGUACUAGGACAUGUACUAAUCCGUCUCCGAAAAACGGCGGAAAAACUUGCUUAGAGCAAGACCUUGGGCCUGCUAAGGAGACAGAGAAGUGCAACACUGAUCCUUGCGGUAUGUUUUGUUGCAUUUAUAAAGGUUUGGCCUGCAUAACAGGUGGCAGGGUGGAUGAGGCAUGGCCGGCCAUUCUGCCGCGCCCAAUGUCCACACCCCCACUCCUCCUCUCCUCCUCUCCCACAAGCAUUUGAGAUUAAUGACUACCAAGUUUGGAGAGUGACAAUGUUGUUACUUUACAUUAGCAUCUUUUAGGGCCUGCACUGUUUCGGUUCACGUGCAUUAACAGUCAAUUCCAAAUGAAAUAUUUAUCCUCAGCAGAAGCUACCAAAGGAGUGAGCAACAUCGGGUGAUUUAGGACUAGAAUUAUAAGAGUGUUUCAUCUACGAAAUUUUUGCAAAAGGGCAAAGGGUAUUAACUUACUUUACUUCCUACAAAAUUUGAGUAUAAAUAAGGGCAAAUGGUCUGCUUAUCUGGCCAGAGUUUCUGUGUGCGAGUGUUUUUGUUUACGACAAUUUCCUCACGAGGGAAGGAUUCGCCGUUGAAAGUGCUCCCACGCUCACAUCCCCAGCUAUCAACGAUCAGGCUAGAAGUUUAAGAGUUGAGGUGUAAUAGAUAACAAUUUGUUUACGAGACAGGUAUCGAUGGAGGAUAUUCUGGGUGGAGUAGUUGGUCGAAAUGUUCAGCUUCUUGUGGGGGUGGUGUAAGUUGGAGCCACAGAACAUGCACCAGCCCACGACCAAGCGGGGACGGAAAAACAUGCAAGGAACAAAGCCUUGGACCUGAUAAGAAGUCAAAAGAAUGCAACACUCAGAAAUGCGGUAACAUGUUAUUCCUUUGUUACCCAAAAUAAAUACUACAUUAUAUAUUUUUAUUUUUGAAUCUGAAUGGGAAUACUUGCGAUGAGAUAAAAACGUCUGAGAUGAAAUUUCGGAGUGCUCUGGUCUUUUUUGAAUACUUUCCCCGGUUCAUUAACGGCCUGUUAAACUGGGCAUUUAUUAGCAAAUGCGUCCAAUGUUCACACCCCCACUCCCCCUCUCCUAAUCCCCCUUUGGGAAUAUCUGCCAGACAGGGAGCAAGCAUUUGAGAUUAAUGACUACCAGGUUUGGAGAAUGACAAUGUUGUUACUUUACAUUAGCAUUUUAGGGCCUGCACUGUUUCGGUUCACGUGCAUUAACAAUCAAUUCCAAAUGAAACGUUUAUCCUCAGCAGAAGCUACCAAAGGAGUGAGCAACAUCGGGUGAUUUAGUACUAGAAUUAUAAGAGUGUUUCAUCUACGAAAUUUUUGCAAAAGGGCAAAGGGUAUUAACUUACUUUACUUCCUACAGAAUUUGAGUAUAAAUAAGGGCAAAUGGUCUGCUUAUCUGGCCAGAGUUUCUGUGUGCGAGCGUUUUUUUUUACGGCAAUUUCCUCACGAGGGAAGGAUUCGCCUUGAAAGUACUCCCACGCUCACAUCCCCAGCUAUCAACGAUCAGGCUAGAAGUUUAAGAGUUGAGGUGUAAUAGGUAACAAUUUGUUUAUGAGACAGGUAUCGGUGAAGGAUAUUCUGGGUGGAGUAGUUGGUCGAAAUGUUCAGCUUCUUGUGGGGGUGGUGUAAGUUGGAGCCACAGAACAUGCACCAGCCCACGACCAAGCGGGGACGGAAAAACAUGCAAGGAACAAAGCCUUGGACCUGAUAAGAAGUCAAAAGAAUGCAACACUCAGAAAUGCGGUAACAUGUUAUUCCUUUGUUACCCAAAAUAAAUACUACAUUAUAUAUUUUUAUUUUUGAAUCUGAAUGGGAAUACUUGCGAUGAGAUAAAAACGUCUGAGAUGAAAUUUCGGAGUGCUCUGGUCUUUUUUGAAUACUUUCCCCGGUGCAUUAACGGCCUAUGAAACUGGGCAUUUAUUAGCAAAUGCGUCCAAUGUUCACACCCCCACUCCCCCUCCCCUAAUCCCCCUUUGGGAAUGUCUGCCAGACAGGGAACAAGCAUUUGAGAUUAAUGACUACCAGGUUUGGAGAAUGACAAUGUUGUUACUUUACAUUAGCAUUUUAGGGCCUGCACUGUUUCGGUUCACGUGCAUUAACAAUCAAUUCCAAAUGAAAUAUUUAUCCUCAGCGGAAGCUACCAAAGGAGUGAGCAACAUCGGGUGAUUUAGGACUAGAAUUAUAAGAGUUUCAUCUACGAAAUUUUUGCAAAAGGGCAAAGGGUAUUAACUUACUUUACUUCCUACAAAAUUUGAGUAUAAAUAAGGGCAAAUGGUCUGCUUAUCUGGCCAGAGUUUCUGUGUGCGAGCGUUUUUUUUUUACGGCAAUUUCCUCACGAGGGAAGGAUUCGCCUUGAAAGUACUCCCACGCUCACAUCCCCAGCUAUCAACGAUCAGGCUAGAAGUUUAAGAGUUGAGGUGUAAUAGGUAACAAUUUGUUUAUGAGACAGGUAUCGGUGAAGGAUAUUCUGGGUGGAGUAGUUGGUCGAAAUGUUCAGCUUCUUGUGGGGGUGGUGUAAGUUGGAGCCACAGAACAUGCACCAGCCCACGACCAAGCGGGGACGGAAAAACAUGCAAGGAACAAAGCCUUGGACCUGAUAAGAAGUCAAAAGAAUGCAACACUCAGAAAUGCGGUAACAUGUUACUCCUUUGUUACCCAAAAUAAAUACUACAUUAUAUAUUUUUAUUUUUGAAUCUGAAUGAGAAUACUUGCGAUGAGAUAAAAACAGGUGAGAUGAAAUUUCGGAGUGCUCUGGUCUUUUUUGAAUACUUUCCCCGGUGCAUUAACGGCCUGUUAAACUGGGCAUUUAUUAGCAGAUGCUACCAAAGAUCGGAGGCAGGGGGUGGGGAAAAGUUUAUUUUCCUUUAAUACAAUAUUGGGGAGAAAGGAUUUAAGACUAGAAAAAGAAGAUUGUAUGUUCUGUAUUAUUUUCUGGAAAAAGUGCAAAGAGGGCCAACUUUGACUGAAAAGGUAUUAGCCUGCCUAUCUGGUUAGAUGUUUUGCUUUUGAGUGCUAGGCGCUUUUGUUUAUGAACGAUAAUUUCCUGGCGGGGAGGAUCCGCCGUUUAAAGUACCCCCACGCUCGGAUACCAACCUCCACCAAUUCGGAUAAAAGGUCUAAGCUUUGAGGAUUGUCUGUCUUUUGUCUUUUUGUCUUUCUGUCUGUGACAGGUGUCGAUGGGGGAUAUUCUGAGUGGAGUAGUUGGUCGAAAUGUUCAGCUACUUGUGGGGGUGGAGUUAGUUGGAGUCACAGAACGUGUACCAAGCCAUCACCAAGCGGGGACGGAAAAACGUGCAAGGAACAAAACCUUGGACCUGACAAGAAGUCAAAAGAAUGCAACACUCAGAAAUGCGGUAAAAUGAUAUUCCACUACUAUGUGAAGUAUUUCAUUACAUAUUUUUUAUUUUGAAUCCCAAUGAGAAACUCUGCGAUGCCAUGAACAAAUCUGUGAUGAGAACGACAAUAUCUUUGUCAGAGUGUCCUGGUCUAUUUGGAAUUCUUUCCCCGCUGUAUUGACGGUCUUUUCAACUGAAACAUUCAUUAUCAAAAGCUACUUAAGAGGCAGGAGCGGACAAAAAACUAUUCUGUCUUGAAUACAGCAUUAAGUAGAAUUGAUUUCAGACUAGAAUUACAAGAGGGACGAACUUAAAAGUAAUUAUAUUUGUUGUAAAGGAGGAAGAUUAUCAACUGUUUUACAAAAUAAAAAGAUCUCUCAAAAUGUUUAAAUCUUAAUCUGAUUGUUAAUUCUGCGGGUAUGCAGGUUGGGUUUGUAACAGGAAAGUUAGAAUUUAAUUUUUAUUUAAUUUGUGUCUUACUGUUCAUAUCAGGUAUAGAUGGCAACUGGUCUCCAUGGAGUAGUCCUGGACCCUGUGAUAAGACUUGUGGAGGCGGUAUGCAAGUAAGGAAGAGAACCUGUACAAAUCCACCACCUUCAGGUGAUGGCAAAAAAUGUGGAGGACCAAGCACAAAAACGGAGAGCUGUAACACACAAGAAUGUAAGGAAAAUACGGUAAAAGACGCAAUUUUUGCGUCUUUGACAGCGAUAAUCUUCCCGAGUCAUUUAAUUCUUCAUUUUGCGGUUCAAAUAUAUAAAAUGUAUCAUCUAUCAAAGAUGACGUUUGUAACUCGAAUAUUUAAGCGAUUAUGUGGCUGUUCAAAAGACUUUUUCAAUUUUUAUUGAUGAUCAGUAACUUAACAUUAACUUCAUCAUACCCUUUCUUGUUCUUUAAGGUCCCCCUCCCCCACCCCGUCCCUGUAGGGAACAUUUAGAUGUUGGCGUGAUUAUAGACUCGUCAAAUAGUAUCAAACCAUACGAUUAUGCAAAGGCUCGCAGGUUCCUACAAAGCCUUGCUCGCAGACUGCAGGUAUCAGAGGCUGGUUCACAUAUGGCGCUGAUUUUAUACAGCUGGGAGGCGCAUACCUAUCACAGGCUAGUAUUUUCUUUUGUAAUACUUUUGCAAAUUUAAGAAAUGGUAAACGUGCAGCGUGCAACCAUGGAGUUAUGGAUGCACGCGGGAGGUUGCUAAGCACGAAAGAAGCGUAAGAGUCGCACGAGGCGAUAGCCGAGUGCGACUCUAGCUUCUUGAGUGCUUAGCAAACCUCCCAAGUGCAUCCAUAACUCCAUGGUUGCACAGCUGCAACGUUUACCAUUUCUUUUAUAACAUAAUCAAAAGAGAAAAACAUUAUUUUCCAUUUGCCUUCGGUUGAGUCAUCGGUACGAGUUCAAGUAUGCUGCCACCUGCCCGCGCGUAAACAAAUCAUGUUCUAUGUUUUUCAAAAACUUGCCUUUCAGUUUUUCUUUCGCUGAAUCAACCGUUCUCCGUCUUCAGUUAAAUUGCAAAACGUUUUUCGUUGUUAUUCUGAAUGGCAUCUGUCUACUUGCUCUUAAUAUUAGGGUAAAAACUUUGCGGGAAAACUAUAGCUGCAACUAUAAACACCAACUAAAAAGACUCUAAAAAACAAGCUAAAACUAAAUAAAUGAAAUAAUCAUCAAUCUUAUUUAUGUGACAAUUUUUGAAAUAAACGCAAAGUAGAAAUGAGAAAAUUUGAAGGUAAUUCCUUUAGAAUAACAGGUAACACUAAUUUUAAAAAGAAAUUAACAGCUUUGUAUCGAAAUCUGUGUGGGGAAAUCCAGCUAUGAAAGUCAAAAUUAAAACUGAAAUUCGCCGACUCCCAGCGGCGCUGAAGCUGUUGUUUUUCGACCGUUCUCUGAACGACUGUUAUGAAUGAACACCGAGGAACAAAAUAAUACACACAGAAGUCAUUUUUUGAAAAAUUUAUUUGAAAACCCAAAUAACGCGUUCCAAACUAAAAUGGGUUUUUCCAAAACCAGUAUUUUCCGUUGAGAAAGUGAAUAUUCCUCGGAGCCUAUACGCUGUUCAUUGAAAAUCUUAUCAUUCCUAACAACAACGAAACCGGUUCAGUAAAGAAAGCCUUUAUUUGACCGUCACAAUUUGGCAGUCAGUUAAACAUGCCAGUAAAACUUCUGAAUAUGCUGACCCUAAGAAAACUUGAUCUCACCGCAUGCAGAAUGAAAAUCUGCUAAAACUGAACUACAUCGGCAGCGACUAUUUUCCCCCGAUGCAGAAAUUCUGUAUCCUGUGCAGUGGUUAAAAUAGGCCUAAAAUGUACUGAAUUCAGCUACCAUGCAGAAAUUCUGCACGCGGUAAAAUCCGUGAAAAUCUACAGAAACUGUACUACAUCAGCAGCGACUAUUUUCUCCCGAUGCAGAAAUUCCGCAUCAUGUUCAGUCGUUAAAAUAGGCCUAAAAUGUACUGAAUUCAGCUACCAUGCAGAAAUUCUGCACGCGGUAAAAUCCGUAAAAAUCUACAGAAACUGGACUACAUCAGCAGCGACUAUUUUCCCCGAUGCAGAAAUUCUGCAUCAUGUUCAGUCGUUAAAAUAGGCCUAAAAUGUACUGAAUUCAGCUACCAUGCAGAAAUUCUGCACGCGGUAAAAUCCGUAAAAAUCUACAGAAACUGGACUACAUCAGCAGCGACUAUUUUCCCCGAUGCAGAAAUUCUGCAUCAUGUUCAGUCGUUAAAAUAGGCCUAAAAUGUACUGAAUUCAGCUACCAUGCAGAAAUUCUGCACGCGGUAAAAUCCGUGAAAAUUACUUAAUUCAGCUACGGAUGCAGAAAUUCUGCACGCGGUAAAAUCCGUGAAAAUCUACAGAAACUGGACUACAUCAGCAGCGACUAUUUUCCUCCGAUGCAGAAACCAAGUUCAGUGGCUAAAACAGGCCUAAAAAAUGACUGAAUUCAGCUGCUGACAUCGCCAGAAACUAGACUAAAUAAGCAGUAUUCGUAAAAGACAUUGCCCAAUAGUUCAAAUAGACUUCAGUUUACUGGAAAUGGUGAUGCGAUUUUUUUUCUAAAUGCAUGGUUGCGUCGCCAGCGCAUGGUGAAAAUCACGGGUAGCCACCCUCGCGCACGUGAUACGAUGGCUACAGCUGAAAAUAACUAAAAAAUCGUUCAAAAUUUAAUGACUUGAUUCCCUGGCAUCAAAAUCACACGGGGUUUGUCAAUAACUAGUGCAGCGGCGACAAUUCUCGAAAACAUGGCAUCAUAACCGUAGCUGCGGCUAAAUAUUGAAUACUCCAUAAAAUUAAUCUAACCGCUAUUGCACCAUGCAUACAGUUGUUAGUUGAAACCAAAAAACCUUCAAAAUAUUAUAUAUCUACUUUUUUACUAAUGCAUGGUUGAAGUGAAAAAAAAGAUAAGCAAACGCAAUACUUAACAACCAGAUAGUUAGGUGUUUUCAAAGCCCAAUGCGGUUUGAGAAUACAGCCAGGUGUUAUCAACACAGAAUUGGAUGAGUGUCCCAUGAUAAGAUCAUUCAAAAUCUUCUCAGUUAUUUCUUUGUAACUGUUCAGUCUCGAAGAAAAUACUUGGUUUAACCAUUCAGAUAAAGCCUCUUCAGUAGAACUUUCACAUGGUGCUUUAUAGUGUUUAGUAUUUCACAAAAAAUGAAUUAGAUUUUUUCUCCUAUAUUUACAUGGGCACUGGGAGUGAAGGUUUUAACAGUGUGCAUCCUGGUGAUUAUGAAUUAUUUGUACUAUUCCUCAGUGAGGAAUACUUUUCCAUUAAGUGCCUUCUUGUAGUCACCUGCAGCUUCUUUGCUUCAGUAAGUUCAAAGGAGUGGAGAAUAAUACACUCCUUUGGAAGAACUUCUGUCCAAGGUUCCCUUGUUCUUGGAAGGCUUAAAGGUGACCACUUUCCUCUGUAUGUGCCUUUCCAGUAAUGGAUUUUGAAAUGAUCCUCACUGAUCUCUUUUAAAACACCAAUCACUGGCUCCUCUUCACAGUUUGAUAAGAAAACUGCUGCAUAUGUUUUCAAUUUGAAGCCCUUCGUAGAAAGAGUCAACACGUUCAACAGGAUUUUCUCUGUUGCUGGGGCAACAUACCUUCCAGUGUAAAUCUGAAAAAGGAUACAGUUUAAUCAGAAAAGGUUAAUUAAGGUUACCGUGUACGUUCAGAGGGAAAAAAAUCGAUUUUCGUUUUUUAAGUUGGAAAUAAACUUUGCAGCAAGAUCUUUCAAAAGAGUGAAUAUUUGCCGAGAAAUUGGGAUGUAAGCGAUUUCCACCGGAAGUUAAACUCCACUUUGAUUGACAGCAUAAGGUAAUCAUGCGGUCACGAUGGUUCACCGGUACUGGUGUUUCCGCCGCUCUUUCUGCUGAUGAUUUGUAGCCCGCCUUUGUCGCUUCGGCUUGGGCCCAACAGCUUUGCUUGAUGAGGUCUUUCCUCGUUUAGUUUUUUUCACGAUGAUUAUGUAUACAAAAUGCAAUAUCGACGGAAAAUAAAAACCGCAAAUAUCCAACAAAAUGGCGAAGGAAUUGAUUACUCUGUAACGGGAGUACGUGCAAAAUUGCGAGAAAAUCAUCACAGCAGGUAACCGGAAGAAAAAGGGCCUUGCGAAACAAUUGCCUAAUUUCCCGUAAAGGCGUUAGGGGGCGGUACUUGUUUCUGUAGCGAUAAUUUUUUUUGAGCGCUCUUUUCUCGAACUUUAAUUUUCGCUUCAAGGAGACACUUUCAAGAGUUACAACUCAACAACGAUUUGGCCGAUUUCGGUAAAAUUUGGCCAGAUGCUAGAAAGGUAUGUAAUCAACAGAGACGUGUCGGGGAAUUCGAUAAUUCUUAAAACUCUUUCCUUGACAGCCAUUUCCGUGCGUUCACUCCGCAUGUUUUUCUUGCAGUUUUCAAAAUGUUCCGUAACUUUUGAACGCAAUCGAAUUAAGGAAAACACUGACACGUUUUUUUUAACCUUUGAGAUGCUGACCGUGAGAAAAAAAAAAAAAACUUCCAAAAUGUAAAAAUCGCAUUGAGUUGGAACUGUAGAAAGACGAUCUGUGCCUUCAAGUUUAGACUACGCGGAAAACUUAGGAAUUUAUUUUCUUGAAAAAGCAAUGAAAUAUUUGAAUACCCAGUUCCAUAAGCUUUAAUUUGAUAUAGGGUUUUGGGUAUCUGUGAUGUAACCGAGAGGCGCUACACCCGUUAAACUGGAGCCACCCCUUAAGGUACACUGUAACCUUAAAGAACUGACGAACUCAGAUAUGAGAGAAUGUUUAACUUAAAGAGCUGCCAAGUCGUAACAUGUGAACCCUUAGAAAGUAGACUUAUAACAGAAAAUUCACCAACUCAGACAAUUUCAACUUGCCUGUUUUGUUGGCCGACAUUCCUUGUCCUGUAGAGCUUGCAGGUGUUCAGGGACAGAUUGAUCAACCGUAUAUGGCUUUAUUUUCUCUGCGAUCAGAAUAGCAUUCAAAGGCCACUCCCAUGCCUCUGGCACAGCAGCCAAAUUGUCUACGUUAUUCACCCACUCACUCCAAAAUGAGAACGCCUGUUCAGGGUAGUGAUCUCUGAACUUGUUAAGGUCACGCUUCAAACCUUCAACAUCAAUUCUGUCUAACACAGGUCUCACAAGACUUGGUUUGCCACCUGGAUGACUCUAGUGUAAGAACAAAGGUUUUACGAUGAACAAUUAACAGUGCAAUGCAUUAAUUAAAAGAUCACUUUAGUAUUAUGAUCUGUAAGAUGCAGACAAAUGAUAAAAGGUUGUAACUGCACCUUCAAAAUAAUCACAGGACCUUCCCAUGGCAUGUGCGAGUAGUUUCGAUAAAACAUUUGGCACUUCCCAGCAGCAUUUCUGACAAAUUUGAAGCACUUUGGCUGAGUAUGGUCAUGCAGUUGCUCUGCAUGAGGUGCCAGCCACUCUUUUAUGUUGUACACAGCAUCCAACAGAAAAGGAAGGACUUUGACAUUCUGUAUGCAAUUUUUCAUUGCCUCUUGCAUUUCUAUGGGAGAGAAGAAAAGAAAAUUGCAAAUGUUAUCUCAGUAAAUAGUAUUAAUAUUAAUAAAUAAUUAUAAUUGCAACAAUCUAUCUCUUAUUUCAUGUGAAUGGGUUAUUGGUAUUAUGUCCCAAGUGACUUAUGAUCUCAUAUGAAAUUAUCCCUUUAUUUACGAGCAUACACAAAGGUAACUGAAAGAUGAAUCCAGCAGUUUAUCUGAAAUUACUUGAUGCUUCAAUCCAGGCACCCCUUUGUUUAGUUCAAACAUGCGUGUAAGAACCUAGCGGUUUAAGAACCUGCUGGCAGAAAUUUCCCAUUUUAUACCCAAAAAUAUAAGAACCUGUUUAGCCAAGCAAAAUUUAUUAGGUUCUUAUACGUGACUUAUGGAAUAUUUUCAUAAGCAUUUUUCACUAUGAAGUAUAACUGAUUUUGAGAAAUAGGAAUACUUCAUGGGAAGUACGCGUACGGUUUAUAGUGUAUAAUUAUAAUUAUUUAGUCAGUCUUGCACACGGCUCAUGACAAGACAGUUAUAAAUAAAUGCUGUAUCAUAAAGGACCAAACCUACUUUUUCUGCUUGUACAUGAAUGGUUCCUACUAAAAACUUAAGAACCUAAUUAAGAACCUACUUUAGCCUAAAUUUUGCCAAUAACUUUCCCCAAAUAUAAGAACCUGUUUUGCCAAACUUGGAAAAAUGAAGGUUACUGUAUUACAAGAGAUAUGUACACCUACCAUCCAUUGUGUAAACAUCAUUUAGAUCCAGGUGCUUCGAAUAUACCCCAAAAAAAAGCAUCAAUCUCUUCAUGGGUGUGCCCCCACAGGAAGGAAGUUUAACUUGAUCUAAGGGAUUGCAAAAAAUGCACACAAGUAGGGAAAAAGUUAAGACAACUAAAUUUUACAACUUGGUGACCACUGAGACAGUUUCCAUUACAAAGAUAAUAGUCAGUGUUGAUCUACAAAUACUCUAGUUCCUUGCUUUUACUUCAGCUGUCAUGAUUACAACACUUGCAUUUUUCAAAGGCCUUCUUUUACUGUAGGUGCUUAUUAUAAGAGGGAAAUUUGCACUUAGAAAACAGAUGCGCUUACAAAUUUGCAUUAGGUAUAAUGAUAAUAUUGGGACAUCAACUCCUAACACAACAGCAAAAGUCUUCAAUGAAAAUGAAAUAUAUUACACAUGAAAAUAUCACAACAUGCAUAGGCACAAAACUUGACACAAGUUUCUGGCGCAUUUUAUGAUUUGAUUCACAACUUGUUGCUUCCGAAUCCUUCCGAAUACAUUCCAAAGGACUCACCAUAUCACAAACGUUUCCGAGUCGAUGGAAGUGGUACGAUACAUUUUUUCUAUAAUGUUCGGGUAUUGCCAAAUUCCGAUGGAAGUUACAACUAUAAUGUCUUCUUUUAGACAAACCAUUCUUUGGAUGCAUUCUCUCUGCCGUUCCUUUAAAAGACUUUUUGAAAAAAAUCUGAAGUCGAAGCAACAGCAGCUGUAAACAGAGCCUAAACAUCACUCCUCUUCGAAUCCUUCUCGGCAGACAUAAUUGGAUCAGCUGAACUGGACUGCAGGCAGAUGACUCGUCAAGAAAAUUGUAUCAGGCGUACAUUUCCGCCCUCUCUAAAGAAAAGUACGCCUGGCCCGGGUUGCUCGAAGCAUGGUUAGUGCUAACCAGCGCUAAAUAGCAUGGAAACCUAUACAUUUUGAUACCUCUUAACCAACGGUUAGCGCUAACCAGGCUUCGAGCAACCGGCCCCAGAUCGCAGGUUAUGUCCGUUAACUUUUGUUCACGUGGCGCGAUGAUUAUGACUUUCCCCAGGAGCGCGCAGUAAUUACCUGUAGCUGCCUGGAGCAAUAUUUCAAUCUUCUCUUCCUGAGAACGACGUUUAUCGUUUAUCCUUAAAAGAGCCAUCUUAAGUUGAAUUAUAGAAGGUUUUUAAGAGGGCGGGGAAUUUGUUGGUGCAUCAUCAUCAUGACUGGUUAGUCCAUAAAGUCCAUUCAAAAUUAAAAACAUGCAUGCACCACGGUUUUCUUCUUGAUUGUCGGAAUACAAGCUGGCAUUAACGUUCCAGUCCGCGGGUUGCCUGAACUAAAUAGGGCUAGAUUGCAAAAUACCCGGUACACCAAAUGUCUUACUUAAAAAACUGCUACCGCAUUCUCGCAGUCUUGAAGUGAAGUGAAGUGAAAUUAUUAGUCUCUCCCCUCGGGGCUUUUCAAGACUAAUUUAUUGCUGUCACGCAGUUUACAAUUAAUUAAGAAGGUAACAGAUGCCCCUCGUUCUUUUAAUAAUAGAGGUGUAUGACAUGUUGAGUGUCCUUAACUGAACCACAAAAUGAAAGCUAAAAUUUUACGAGAAUGCUUAAGCCUAAUCACUGAAGCGAGCGCUUAGGCUUAAUCAGUAAACGAGUGCUUUCUUCUUCACACGAACUCGUGGAAAGUGUCGUUAACUGAACCACAGAAUGAAAGCUAAAAUUCUUACGACGCAGUGGCAUGGGACAGAAAAUGAUACAUAUAAACAAUUCUGUUCCUAAACGGGGUAUUCUGCAAUCACUGCUAAGCUUUCAUUUCGCGGUUCGGUUAACUACACUUUUCAUGAGAUCGUCUGAAGAAGAAAGCACUCGUCUACUCAUUAAGCCUAAGCGCUCGCUUCAGUGAUUAGGCCUAGGCAUUCUCGUAAAAUUUUAGCUUUCAUUUUGUGGUUCAGUUAAGGACACUCAACGUGUCAUACACCUCCUUCUUUAAUCCACAAAUCCUAAAAACGCCACUUAAAAAACUGGCCGUUAUUUUCAAUUAUUAUUUAACUACUACGUGACUUCGGACCCCGGUCACAACCAUUUUACUCUUCGGAGUUAUCAAAUAUCCAGUCAUCGACCACGGGACUGCGGACCGCGGUGGCAGUUCAUUUUUGCUUGCCCUUUCAACAGUUUUCAUUCAUCGACUACGGGACUGCGGACCGCGGUGGCAGUUAGAACACUUUAGAACACCUUAUUUAUAGGGUGCAUAAUUACAGUAGAAAAACUGUAUUCUCCCUUAUGGCCAUGUUAAACUAAAUACCCUAAUAACUAAAAUACUAAAUUAAUAAAUUACUCAAAUACUAAAAUACCCCAAUACUCAAAUACUAUAAUAUUCAAAUACUAAAGUACAGUUCAUUUUAAUGCUUUCCCUUUAACAAUUUCCAUUCAUCGACUAUGGGACUGCGGACCGCGAUGGCAGUUCAUUUUAACACUUUUCAUUCAUCGACUACUGGACUGCGGACCGCGGUGGCAGCUUUUUAAGUAGGGCGUUUGCUGGGCCGGGGAUUCUGCAAUCAUAAAUAGUAAGCUCAUCUGCUGGCAUUAACGGUUGGGGAAUAUCUUGCGUGUUGUCCUCGUCUCCGAGCGAAGGGUGUCUACAUGCUCUUUACGGUAGUGGCGUUUUGCAAUUACGCUUACCAUUUGAUACACUCACCGUUGUCAUUUAUUCCAGCCGCAGCGCAAUGGUCCCCACCUCGACGCCUCUUGAUAGGGGUACUUUGAAAGAUAGUAUCUCCUUUACGUUGACAUAAAGCUUCAAGAAAUUCUUUUUCCUCACUUAUCCGUUUGUCGCUCAUAAUCACGGUUAAUGGCUGAAAUGUGCCUUGUACGUAUUCCGCAUGUUAUCUGUCACUGAAAGUGCAUCGGAUGGUCUGUAGUAAAUCAAAGUUGUCGAUUAUUCGCGUAUACCUCGUGCAUGGGAACGGUUUCGAUUAAACACAGUAACGUAAAAUGACGUGUCUAUGACGUGUCUCAAAAUCAUUGGACUAUUUCCACGAAACUCUCAACGUUCUUUGUCUCUCUUUAUCCCUGUGAUUUGUUAAAUUCUAUUACCCUCAAACACUUUUCAGAUGUACCGGCUAGAAUAUUUUGACACAUUAAUUCGUUUCCGGUUCUUACAACUUGUCGCACAUCCGAAGAAGCUUCGUUUUUAACGUUUCCUGCCUUUACUCGCAAAAUGGGCCUCUGGACGAUCCAAUUAGCAAAACGCGGGGACAAGCCAAAAGUGUUUCGCGAUGGUUCGCCCCUAAAAAAGAGUGAUGGACAGCGUUAUGGUACAGUGGUAAACGUGUCAUCCUCUGUCCAAGCAGGGAGUAAUAAGCUCUUCGUCAAGGUGAGACUUUAAAAUUUAUCUUUUCCGCUUACAAUAAUCCCUACUCUAGUUCGAUUAAUUUUACAUGACUAUUGUCUUGGGUUUCGAGAAAUUGUUGGCUGGAAAUUCUUUCCAAGUUUGAGUUCCAAAUACCACCACAAUCUAUUCAUUUCCGUUAGCAAUGACAGAAAAGUCUCGGUUUAAGAUCAUCCGGCUAUUGUUUACACGUGUCGCGAGAAGCUAGCUUUUGAAGAACGAGGCAUACAACAAUGGAGAUUGUUGUUAUCCAGUGGGAGGCCGGUCGUUUCGCCUACAAGUCGUUUCGCCUACAAGUCGUUUCACCUACACUCUGGUUGAUUCGCCUACACGAUCAAAGUCGUUUCGCCUACAAUGAAUUACUUAUAACAUAACAGCGUAUAAAUAGCAGUAAAGCUUAAACGUAAUAAUCGUACCAGUGUCAUUUCAUGUCUUUUUUUGAUGCACUGUGAAACGGCACAUUUUUGUCCGGUUUUCCUUUCAUCAAGUCGGAAUUCACUGGAUCCCAGUCCUUUGCGAUGGAUCCUUGUUCUAGUCCACGCGCGGUUCGGUAAAUUAACGUUCAGUUUAGGGACUAGGGGUAAGCGCCAUUACUACCCCCUUUAUUUUUCCCUGGCUAUCAAUCGACUUUAAUUUCCGGUGGGGAGACUAUGUUCUCAUCGCCAAUGUUCUAACGUGAGCGGGGUUGAAAGUGUUUAAUAGACAAAGGAAGGUUUCCCUCUCAGGAAACACGCGCUCGUGCUAUUGUAAUGCGUUUCUAAAAGGCAAAUAAUUAGCAUCAGUUAAACCAAUUGAAUGAAUAAAGGAAAUCAACAAAUCACGGUUAAGAUGAAUUAAUGUGAUCCUCUUGAAUUAAUGAAAUCAGUGUCCUCGAGUAUAAAAGCUUGAACAUUCAUAAAGCACGCCACCCGAUCAUCGAUCACACUAGAAACAUAUUCCUCUAUAUUCACGAACGACUCACAAACUGUUCACGAAUGGCGGACAAGCGAAACGACUUUGAUCGUGUAGGCGGAUCGAUCUGAGUGUGAAGAAAGAUCGGUUGUUCACACGCCUCAACUCGGAAAAAGGUAAAAUUAAACUUGUUUUAGUUUAAUACUUAUCGAUCUUCAAUCGCAACUGUGUAGGCGAAACGACUUUGAUCGUGUAGGCGAAUCGACCUAAGUGUAGGCGAAACGACUUGUAGGCGAAACGACUUGUAGGCGAAACGACCGACAUUCAUCCAGUGGUAUGUAACUGAAAUAGCUGGGUAUUCGGAAAUUCUAGCCUAUCGACAAAGAUUUGUUUAAAUUACGUUUAACUGUCUUUGAAAGUCACUCACUAGAAAACUUAACAAAACGUGCUGUAUUUGUUUUUUACCUGGUGAGAUGUUCAUUCAGGUUGAGAUGUUGGUCAAAUUUGCUAUGCUUUGUUUUUAAACAGCAUACUUUGUAGGUAUACCUCGUCACACAUAGAUUCCUUUUAAAGAACUCAGCAAAAUGAAUCCUUAUUGAUUUUGGAUAUAAAUAUUUUGAAGAUUUGAAAAUCGUGGCUACAAAUUUGGCAGUCUGUAGAGGUAUGCGAAUUUAUGAGCUACUAUAUGUGUCGCAUUUGUGCAACGCACUGAAUUUACGCAAGUUAAUAUAUUUCAUAAAAAUUCUUUGACUUGGGCCAUUUGUUCCCAAAAGAAUAAAACGCAAACAGCGGUUACAAACAAUUGUUUGAAAUGCAUAACUUUUAUAAACUUAACGUUUCGUAUGUUACUACAUGCAUCAUGAGGAGAUCGUGAUCUUGAUAUUUGAACAAAAUAAAGUAACGCAAUAAAUUUUGAAUUACAUUACGAUUUCUUUAUAGAUAUAAAGAAAAGCAACUCUUUAGAAGACCGCUUUGAGCUGUCCAGUUACAGUCUAAAAAUCUACAACGUGAAUGCUGGUAACCUGAGAUGGUAACCGUCGUUACGCUUCUGUGAGUUCUGUCAGCAUAGGCGCCAAAACCCACUGAACAGCCAAUCACAAGCGCGGUUAUAUUGAAAAAUACGUUGUCAUGAUUUAUGCAUUAGGUUCGGCACAUGUGAAGUACGACGAAUGAAUCGAAGUCGAUCUUUUGCCGUUCUAUUCGACAAGCUCAGUCGAAUAGAACGGCAGAGUCGACCCAAAUACAAAAGUGCCGUUCGACGUUUGAACCGGGCCUAAGAACACAGAGUUCUAAGAACAUUGAAAACACUGAAAACACAGAACUACCGAAACGGUGUAAUAAGCUCCAGAAGGCUCAAGAAUACACCAGAGGUGAGUCAUUUUGAUUCAUUUUAUUGAAUGAAAGUUAAAUUGAGCAUUAUUUAGGCUUUAUAAUCGACGGUAUUUGAUUUCCCAUACAAAGUCUUAUAACGCGUUUAAAUUCUCAAUGGCUGUCUGUAGUGACGCGAGCUUGGGCUGCCUAUGUUGAAACUUGAAUGUUGAAUAUGUUAAAACUCCGAUCGAUGUCUCAUUGUGAAACACCAAUGUGGCAUCACACGCAACAAUGCUGAAUGAUAAAAACAGCAAUGUGCAAUUACGAAAUUCAAACGUCGCAUGGUGAUAAUGAAGGUUAAAUGAUAAACUUGAACAUUACCCUGCGAUUAGGCGUACUUUUCAGGGUGCACUUAAAAAGGAAAGGUACGCCUGAUCGCAGGUUACUUGAACAUCGAAAGCAAACCGAAAGCAAACCUUGAAUUUUGGCAGGGAUAUAACGCCAUAGUUAACAUGGAGUAUUAGUUGACUGAACUUUGCUGGUCCUUUCGACCCUGUGGGAUUGCAAUAAACUCUUUCAGGCUCGUUGCUGGCUAUUGGAAGUAACGGAUUUUAUCGGCCUCUUACUAACACAUUUCUCCACCUUCAUUGUAGGUUGAAUUCAUUUCAGAUGGUAAAAGUCAAUUUUGUCUCCUCCCCGGAAAUCCUUCAAUCGGUUUGGUUCACAUAAGGCUUUCAGCCACUGUGUAAGAAAACAACUGAAGCUCUAGUCGAAGAGCUUCAAAAUGCCUUAAGAAAAUUGAGGUCGUCCCAAGACGAUUCAUCUAGUUCGUGCAAUAAAACAGACGUUUUAUCCGAGUCCCUGUCCGAGGUAGUCGCAGACAUCGAGAAAGGUCCGGAUAUCGAUAAGACAACAGAGAGCAGCACAAGCAGCAAAAAUACGUCCCCGGCCUGUUCCAGCAAAUCUAGGAAAAGGAAAUGCUCGUCCCCUGCGUCAACGGCCACCAAAAAAGUUGCACGAAGUGAUGAAAUGCAAGAAUCGUGUGAGAAGUGCCUUAUCUCAAGUGAGUGCUUUUAUGUGACUUCAUCAUGAAAGGUGUCCAUGUUGGUGGGGAAGAAAAUAGCCUGUCGCUUUACUGGCAAUUAAACUUAAAGUUUUGAGCAUAUUAUUAAAAACGAUUGUAUUGUAUUUUCGUAUUAAAGCCAAUUGCAUGUUUGUUACAUACGGGCAAUUUCCUAUACUUUGCAUCGUUUACAUUAACUACGUGUGCAUGUACUUAAAAUUCUGAUUGGUUCUCUUAGAAGCUCUCUGCAUCUCUUGUGAUUAGUCCAAGUGAUUGCUGUGGUUUUUGCGGCACUCAAUUUGAAGACCACUCUAUUAAUUACACCAAAAAUUAGAGAAAAAUUUGAUCACGUACACGUGUGAUUUGCUUGAAGUAAAAUCGUAUCAUCUGACUUCCCUACCCCUUUUCCCCCACUCUGUUUAUAUACACAGGGUUCGUAUAGGUUCUGUUUAGUCAUGGAAUUCUAUUGGUGGUGUUGAAUGGGACUGGAAACUCCUGGAAAUUGUAACUUUAACUCCAACAAUAUUUUUUCUUGAUUGUCAAGCACUGCAAAAACCUGUCUUUAAUACUCCCUGAAACUUUACUUUAAGUGCCUAUGAAGUAAAAAAUUACAUUUGCAUUUGAGCGAAAAUGGCGCUUUCUCUUUCAAAAGAUGUUUUUUCAUUCCCAAAGCUUAAAAUUGAUGAUGUCAUCAGUGGUUCAAGCAAGAAGAUAAAUCACAAAAUUGAUAAUAUCUCUGGAAAUAUAUAAGUGAUGCCAUUUAAACUUGGCACCAGUAAUAGGCCAUUUCAGAAAUGUGAGAGGACUGGGACGAGUUUGGUUGCUUUCUGUUUGUUUAAAAAAAACUAAGACAUUCAAAUGAGAGAUCAACCAAGUUUGAGAUGUAUUUAGAGGAGGAAAAUGGCGAAAUAAUAUAUCUUCAAAUAUCACCUAAAAUAGAGAGUUCGUAUGGAAUGGGUAGACAGGCCACAAAAUUAGAAGGGUUUGUAUGGGAUUUUGCAACUUUUGCAAGUCUCCCAUUUGGCCAAUUUUCCGUAGAAAACUCUCAAAGUUGGCUGGAUAGCUUUUUAUUUGGUAACAUUUCAGUUGAAGAGUUUAGAUUUUCAAUCUAAGCAAGUAUGAGAAACUCGUCCUAGUCCUCUCACGUUUCUGAAAUGGCUUAUGUACGUCAGAUAAGACAUAAUAACAGUUCUGCUUCCCAGUCUAUUUCAUGCUGGAUUAAGUUUCCAGUUUUUUUUUUAACAUUAUUAAGCAUUGUCCACCUGUGAUGAGGUGGUAAAGAGUCGUAAGGUAAUAUGGGUAUCACAUGUGUUUUCAAGUAAGACCAUCUGUUCACUCCUCACCUGUUCAAAAUUGGAGAUAUUUGAUUCAUGGCUAAAGAAGCCUUAGACCUAGAGUGUUGCUAUGGGAACAUCACAGAAGGUAUCAUUUUGCUUAUUUCCUGACGUUCAUUACUGGUGCCAAGUUUAAGUUUCUCAAAACUCCUGAAAAGCUGUUCUGCAUGCAUUAGGCUCAUUCCCAGAAGUUCUCUUCUGUUAAUAACUAAGCACGCUAUACACUGUACAGUUGAAAAUUACAUUAGGCUGGCUAUCUCAAAGUACAAUUCAGUCAAAAAACAGCUUGAAAAGUGGCUUCUCAAACCUGAAAUGUUUCUGGAAUUUUGAGAGAGGCAUGCCAGUUGUUAAAUCUAGAAAAUGCAGUAUCUAGACUGCAGUUAAUAUUAAGACGAUCUAUGUUUUGUUUUAAUCAUCACAGCAACAUCACAACUCAUUCCCAUUGAGAAGCUUGGUUUGCCUGUCGGCCCAUCAAGGCAAUUUCGACGCGUAAAUGAUGCAUUUGUUGACAGCCUCAAAGAAGAAUUGUUAAAAGAGCCAAGUGGAAGUCAUGGAUGUCUGUUCGUGGUUUGCAAAGGGUGUAGAAAGCAAAGAAACAUUUGAUCCAGCUAAAAAGGAUGCAUAUGAGUACAGUUUUGGGGGUACUCACCUGAUGCUAGCCACCAAGAAACUUCAUUCCCAGUACCCAGAAAACAAACAUUACCAAGGCAGAAUGGCAAGAAUCUACUGUGGCCUUACAGAUGAUCAGGCUGUUUACCUUGGUGCCAUGCAUCAAAGGUCGUCAUCAUUCUGUCAUGACAUUACAUACAGAGAAGAGGUACAUUUUGUAUUAAAAUUUUGGAUUUGAAAUUGAAUUCAGGCAUGCUUGAAGCAUACCACAUUGUUGUUGUCAUUAAAGAAAGUGAAUAUUAUUUGCUAGUCUGUCAAUGAAUAUGAAACACUGCAUAAUCAAUGAUGUUGCAUGUACAUGUACAGUGUAUGUAAUGGCCAGCCUGUUUGUUAAUAUAGAGCCCAGUUAAGGCAAUAUGAAGAAUUAAUAACUUUUAAUAUGCCCUUUCCCACUACUUUCCUUGUGUCAUCUAAUUUACAGCAUUUUUCUUCAUACAAAUUAAUUUAGGUAGAGAGAUGUAGAUCUCAACUAUAUGGAGAGCUUGAUGUACAGAGUGAACCUCCAAAGCCGCAACCAUCGUGGAGAGAUGAGUGUUCUCGUAUUUUAUACAAAGAUGUAAGAAUUUAAUUCACUUAAGUAAUGCAAGUUGAGUUUUUAAAAGAAAUUGCUGAAAGGAGUGGUAACAGAAUUACAGUCGUGACAUUUUCCUACAUGGAAACAGAGAACCAUUAAUUUUUUGGUUAUUGCCUAACACAUAGUCACUUGAUUACAGUUGAAUGGUGUUCAAGUUUUAUUUGAAGUACUUUUGUCCCCUUCCUUGACCAAAGACAGUUAUAUUGUUCUGACAUGUAGUUACAUGCACCUAGCCAAUCUCCGAGGUCAUCUAUCUUUUUCUAUACGUGUACUUUGCUAUGUCACCAUUAUCAGCAGCUCACAUUAAGAAAUUCUGUCUUACAGAAAAGAAUUUUGUGUGAGGUCUUCACUAUGGCACAAGUAUCCUCAAGUACUUGGGCCGCUUUCAUGGAGGUAAACAGGCUGUACGAGAUUGGGAAGCUCAAAGGGCAGAAGUUUUCUCCUGGCGAUGUCGUCAAAGGGACAUUAGCAAUUAAACAGUGGCAUAUGAAGCCAUUAGUCAGCCUUCCUGAUGAAACAAAACUAUUCCUUUUGAACAAGGUAAAGGCAAUAUUGCAACAGUCUGGCAUGAAAUUUUGUUUUUCACUCCAUUUUGUAUUUUAUUAUAUUUUAAGUUAAAUUCCACUUCUUUUCAGUGGCUAAUAACCCCAAGAAUUUAAACUAAUUUGUGUGUACUUUCUCUCUUUGGCAUCCCUUGAAAAUGUGUUUAUGUAGCUUCUGUUCCAAUUGUCGCUCUACAAACCCCUGUCUUUAUUAUCUGGUUCUUUUUAGAUCUCUUCUGGUGAAUUGUUAUUAAAAGAUUUAAAAACAGAAGCAGACAAGAUAAAGACACUGAACACUGUACAGUUUACAGUUAUGUCAUUCUUUAAAGUAGACGAUUGGGAUGAGAUAGUCAAGAGAUUUGGUCCAAUGGUCAACAACGAGAAGCUGUUGAGAUUUACAGUAAGCCAACAUGUUUUUCGUUGACUAAUAUAGAAAUUACCUAGUAUGUAACUAUGUAAACAGUCAUCUGCAUUAAUUAUUACAUUACACAGUAUUCACAUAGUUUUCUUCUUAAGACCUGAUCCAUUUUUGUAGAGAUUUACUGUGGAAAUCUAAAAGCUAUGAACACUUUGAUUUGAUUUUUACAUUUCCCACUGUACAGCAACCAAUCAGAAGUAACGCAAAAACCUCAAACUACUUAUAUUACCAUUACUGUUUGUGGUUUAAUUUAUUAUUCUUGUGCUUGAAAUUUAACCACAUUGACCUCUUAGUGUUCACAAUUUUUGGAUUUUCAUAGUAAUACUUCUAGUGUUAAAAAAAAAAAUUUGAGAACAUUUUUCAUUAUAUGCAAGUACAAAAUACAACUAUAUAUCCUGCAGGUUGGGGAGGAGAAAUUAAGGUAAAUAGUAAGUUCAAGUGAUACAGUGAGAGUAGCUGACAAUUCUAUCAUGUAUAUGAAGAAGAGGUAACUAUUAUCUACUGCAAAGGAAUCUACUGAAGGAGCAGACUGUUCUUAAGGCAUUGCAUUACCACCAAUUCUUGCUGGGUAAUCAGUAGGAAAUCUUUUAAAGAUUUACUUCCAAUAUUUUUUUGUAGCUUAUUGUUCCUAUUCCUUCAAUUUAGGGAAAUUUUGAGGCCUCAUAUGAUUUCCAAGUGUUCCUGAAGAGGUUGAAAGAGUGGGAAUCUGCUAGGCAUGAGGCAGCAGAAGAUACCCCAGUUGCUACCCUGGGGGUUGAAGAAUUUACUGUCAGUAAUGAGGGUCUGCACAACAAGGGCAGUGCUGUUUUCCCUUGUAACCUUCAAGAGGUGACCCAAAGCAUGGAAAUCUUCAAAUUGAACUUUGAGGGCAUCUCCCUUGCCCUAGGAGUUGUUGGAUUUGAUGAUAAGGUACAUGACAUGCCUUCCUGUGUGUUUGUAAUAAGCAUUAAUUCCUACACAUCUUCAUCUUAUUUUGAUGGAUGUUAACUGGCUUGUAAAAUGACAGUGUGACAAAUUCUUCCUUUUUUUUUCACAAACUACUACUGUGACCAUAAGGAACUUUAAAAGGAGAAUCUUCAGCUGAACAGAAGUUAGAUGAAGCUUUUUCUCAUUCCACUUUGUCAUUAAAUGUAUUAAACACCACUUUCAGUUCUGAAGAAUUGUGAUAACCAACCACCAAAAUUCAUUACUUGCUCCCCUCAAAAAAAGUUGUUCUGUGUAGAACCCAAGUGCUGUUAAUACUCCCGUUACUUACAGAUAUUUACAUGUAUGUUAAAUGUGUUUCCUAUUGUACAUUGUCUGUUGAAAGUCACCCACAAAGUCCAAUUAAUCAAAGGUUUCUGUUGAUAAUAAUAAUUAUUGUCUUAUUGCUGUUUUCAAUAUAUUUUAGGGACAGCUGGAAGUGGAAGAAAAAUGUAGUGAAAUAGUUAAGCUGCUUUCCAGACUAAACUUCACAGUCCUGAGCUCAUUUAACUGUGUCAUUAUGUGUCCUGUGCACUGGGCGCAUAUUGUGUCCGAAACAUUUACCAAGGAAGGUGCAAGCCAGACCCAACAGGGUUUUAUCUAUCAUAAACAACAACUGAAAAGUAGGCAAGGUGAGAGAAUAGGCCAUUAUUAAUAUACAUGGAAUCAAUUGCUGACAAUACCCUAAUUCUCUGUUUUCCACCGCGCACAGGUGGCUCAGUUGGUUGAGUACCGGGCUGUCGUGCGGGAGGUUGCAGGUUCGAACCCUGGCCGGACCAUUACUCGGGGUCUUAAAAUAACUCAGUGCUGCCUUUGUAAUGACAUCUGCAAAUGGCUAGACUCUCUAGUCUUCUCGGAUAAGGACGAUAAACCGUUCGCCCGCCUCACAACCUUUCAAUGUUCAUAACCCUGUGGGACGUAAAAGAACCCACACACCAUUUGCAAAGAGUAGGGCAUGAAGUUCAAGGUGUUGUGGUCAGGCCUUAUUUCAUUCAUUCAUAUGCAUUGGGUUGGGUGAGAUCGCUAAUGGACUGAUAGCGGCUUCCAGAGGCACCUGUGUAUGCUGAGGUCCGGUCUCACCCAUGGAUCUAUAACUUGUAAAGCGCAUUUGAAUAUGCAUAUAGAAAAUGCGCUGUACAAAUUCAAUACCAUAUUUUCAAGACCAAUGUUUUCUAUUUCUCACAUCACAGCAAAAUUGAAUUAAUUUUUAUGUCUAACCUGGCAUAUGUAUUACUUGUUCACAUUGUAAUAAAUCUGUUGUUAAUGCUUUGCCUAUUUCUAACCUUUAGGUAGCAAAAUGCAAGAGGUGGUAUCCUCAUUUAUUGUUGGCCACUGGGCUUCAUCUAGGAUAGUGGGAAAGAGCCAUGUCAAUUAUGCCACUCCUCCUCCAAACAUUGUUGAGGUGACUUCUGCAAGAAUAGGGGAGGAAUACCCUGUUUCCUUUUUUAAGGACAUAAUCAGUUGGUUUUCAAAGGAUGGAGACUUAAUCCUAGAAGUAGGAUAUGGGGAUGAAGUUGGUAUGUAAAUUUCAUUUAGGGGGUGUUGCUCUGAUUUUUUACACGGAAUGACUUAUCUUUUUAGUAGAGACAAGAUAUGCCUUUCAAUUAAGUGUGUUACAGGCAAGUAAUUUUGCAUGUAUAUACCAUAUCAUUUUUGUGUGAUUUAUGGAGUUCUUGAUGAAAGGGCCUUCACUUACUUGAAGUUCUGGAUCUGCCAGUGUAAUGUGUCCCUAGAGCUGCAGUCUGCAUGCUCUAUUGCAGUCCAGAUGAUUAUGUUUUGAUAUAGACUGUAAUACUUGACCUACCAUGCCAUAUUUUGUAGGUUUAAAAAGGGAUUAUUCAUUUCUAGUCGGUGUCAAAAAUGUAUAAAUUGACAUCACUCUUGCAUCUCAUUUUGUUAGUUACUGUUUUAAAAUUAUGUGUAAAUUAAUUGUUGUGAUGUGCAUCUCUUUUACACCCCUCAUGCUUUUCUCUUACAGGGAAUGCUUUUACUGCCGCUCUGAUGUGUGGAAGGAAGGCUACAUUGACAGGCACAUCAUGUGACAAGCGCAUUAUCUGCCAAAAACUAAGUACCAGUACUCAGCUCACAACUACUCAGAUAGAUUAAGGCCUGGUUGUUUACAGAUUUAAAGUGCAUUUUAAACUAUUGUAAACUAUUGAAAAUAUCCCAUGACUAAGGCUUAACGACUGGUAAGAAACAGAUCUUACAAAUUCAUUUUAAACAUUUUAAACUCAGUCCAAGUGUAUUUUUCAGGCCAGUGUUGGGGUCAAUACCGAGAAUUUGGAGCUUAACUCAUUUGUGAUUGGCUAAUGGGAUGUGUUGGUUACAAUUUUCAACCAAGAAAGGGCAUUUCUAAUGAUUUGUUCAAGUUAGCUAUCUUGCUAUUCCUCUUGGACGCCUUUAAGUGAAUUUUGGAAAAUGUGCUUACUCUUUUAUUCAAAGAGUUAAUUACGGAGGCAGAAAAUGUUGUACCUUUUGAGUCGUUACAGGAAAUCCUAUGUUCUUACCAUUCGAAUGAAACCGCUGCAGCAGUACAAAAUGAAAAUUUGGAUUUUUCCAAACGUUUACAUAGUGACCAUUGUUGUAGUGAAAGGUAAAGAAUCACAAAAAUAAAUCAUUUUAAGACCAGCCCUUAAUCUACUUGAGUACCAUAUGGUUUAAGAGGGCUUUAUUGGUCAUUUUGUUUAGUACAGUUGAAAAUUCAGCUGUUGCAAACUAAAUUAGAUGUUUGGUAUAUGAUGUUGUUAGUAAUAAACUUCCAAAUUUUAGAAUUGACUUUGAUUAGCACACCAUUAGUAUUAGUUCUUUUGCUAUAAACCUAAUUAUACAAUGCCAAUGUGUAAUCUGCACUCCGGCACUGCAACAAGUUAGCCAGAAACUGAAAUGACUAUAAUUCACUUUUUUAAUCCAAUCUUGUUUCAAAGUGGCCAAAACCUGUGUAGUGAAUUGAAUAGUGAAUUACAUUUUGAUUGUACAGAGGUUUUGCAUCUGUUGUUUUGAAGUUGUUUCUACACCCUUCAUUUUGCUGUACGUAAAUAAGUCAAUUAAGUGGAGAAUAAGAUUUACAGAAAGUCUGCAUCUUUUGAAGCCACUAGGCUGAGAUGAUUUUUGCAUCACACAGUUGUUGUAGAAAAAGUGUGGAAUUUAGCGAAAAAUAAGAUUUGCAGAAAUUGUGCGUCACGCAACUGUUGUAGAAAAAGUAUCGAGUCUAGCGGAAAAUCAAAUUUGCAGAAUUUCUGCAUACAACGUUUUCAAGCCACUAGGCUGAGAUGCAGAAUUUCUGCAUCACAAAGUUGUAGAAAAUGUAAGAAUUUAGCAGAAAAUAAGAUUUGCAGAAUUUCUGUAUCCCACUUUUUCAAGCCAUUAGGCUGAGAUGCAGAAUUUCUGCAUCACACAAUUGUUGUUAGUAAAAGUAUCGAAUUUAGCGGAAAAUGAAAUUUGCAGAAUUUCUGCAUACAACGUUUUCAAGCCACUAGGCUGAGAUGCAGAAUUUCUGCAUCACAAAGUUGUAGAAAAUGUAAGAAGUUAGCAGAAAAUAAGAUUUGCAGAAUUUCUGUAUCCCACUUUUUCAAGCCAUUAGGCUGAGAUGCAGAAUUUCUGCAUCACACAAUUGUUGUUAGUAAAAGUAUCGAAUUUAGCGGAGAAUGAAAUUUGCAGAAUUUCUGCAUCCAACUUUUUCCAGCCACUUGGCUGAGAUGCAGAAGUUCUGCAUCAUACAGUUGUUGUGGAAAAUGUACAGAAUUUAUCAGAAAGUAAGAUUUACAGAAUUUCUGCAUCAAACUUUUUCAAGUUAUGCAGAAAUUCUGCAUCGUUCAUUUGCGUUAGAUAAACUAUACUGGAAUUUGUCUGCAGCCUGUAGUCCUGUGGCCAAGAACACCUUUUCCUUACUGCAGCUUUUUAGCCCAUUUUUUGUGUCCAUGUGUUACCCGUAAUUUUUGAUUGUAUAUUUUUAGUGAAAAUAUAAGUGCAGAGUAAUUAUGAUCGAUUAAAACAACUGUUUGAAAUUGUGAUUCGGUAGUGUUAACAGUGUAUCACUCCAACUUUUGAUAUUACUGCAGUCAAGUCUUUUAAGUUCCUCUCGGAAAUCACGUUUUAUGCAGAACGAAAGAGAGCUUUUAUGACGGAAUUUUGUAUUUUGGAAAAACCCAUUUUAGUUUGGAACGCGUUAAAUGUUUCUGUACUCAAAUGAAAUUCGCUUAUUCCAGCGUAAUGUGCCUGUUUAAACUCAACUAAAAUUUUUAAUCGAUGCGAUGAAAACUUCACAACAAAGCUGUCUCGAACUUGGGCGUGUUUCCUAAAAUAUUUGCUUAAAUUUAGCAUCAGCUUGACCAAAAAGUCAAUAAAACAAUGCUAAUUGAUAAAUUUACAUUUCAAACAGACUUUCUCUUCUAUAAAAAACAUACAAAAUGUACCUUAAAUCUUCGCUCGCUCGAUUUUCCUUCAGCCGAUUCUAGCCGCGAGGAAAACCGUGAUUAAUUCAUCCAGGGCAAAUUUGUCCCUUGAUCUUUUGUCUUUUUUCCUUCAAAACGACAGCUCAGUAUUUUCUUCAACUUCCACUUUUCAUCUGUGCAUUUCAUCUGUGUAUUUUACCGUCAGGAGAGGAGAUUUGUUGAAUUUGCCUAAAUUUUACCGCGCUAGCUUAGUUUCUUGGCGUGCACCCACGGGCAAAUGGUAGUGGCUAACUGACCAAUCAGAGCGCGCGGUUUGCUUUUGUUAUGUUAUAAAGCAAAAUGGCUCGAGCUCAAGUGUCAUUUCAAAAGUAAGACUGAAAAUUCCGUACUGCCAUUAGGCAAAAUAUCAUUUUAGGAAAAGUUACCCCAAUUAAUUUAGAAAAAAACAACGACAACUUCAUUUGUACCAUGCAUUGAUUUACGUGAUACAAAAAAAAAUUACUAUAAAACACGGAGAGGGUACAGGCUGCCAAUAAUAAACAUCAUCAUCACGAUUAGGUUGGUAAUAGCCGGUUAGGCAGCACACCAACCACUUAUAACCAAAAUAUGAAAGUAAAAUUUACACGCAUUAAUAGCAUAAAAAUAAUCAAUAAUAAUGAUGAUAAUAACAAUAAUAAUAAUAAUAAUAGUAAUAAGAUAUUUUUGAAAUUCUUCACGGGACGAAAUAUGAGGCAUAUCGACUGAUUCCAGUCUCUAGCAGUUCUUGGGGAAAUGAAAACUUGAACACAUUUUUGUUACAGUGGGAUUCAAGAAGAUUAUAAUAAGUCGAUGGCUGCCCCUACGAGUCUCAUUGGUAAAAUAUUGCUUAGGUUAUGAUUAUAUCAGGGGUCAGGUACCAUAGACCAAACACAGCUAAACAAAACAUAAAAAAAGGGGGAAGAAAGGGGAAAAAACCUAGCUAAAAAAACAAAACAAAACAAAACAAAAAGACAGCAAAAGAAAGCUAAGUAUGCCAGUCGCGUCCACCACCUUGUAAGUGAAGAUCAAUGAGGCGUUGCAAAUUAACUGGCUUGGGAAGAACCUUCCCUCAAUAACAAGCAAAUGUUAAAUGUUUCACUUGCUAUAUAGUUUUACGUAGCACUCUUUAUCGCGUCUACGCUAUUGUAGUCAUGUUGUAAUUUGUUAUGAUGAUCUAUUUUUUUCAUCAUUAGUUAUUUGUUCCUAUUUAUUGUUCCUUUGUUAGAUUUUUGUUUCAUUCUACAUUUAUAUUACACCCACUAUCCUGGUCUGUGUGUACUGACAAUAACUCGAGAAUCGUUUUGUAGUGUGGGUCAACGUAGCAAAUUAUUAAACCUCAUUUGAUUGAACCUGAGUUAACAGUGCCACGUACAUCAACCGCGACCACCCUUACACUAAUUAGCUUAACGCAGCUAGCUAAAGUUCAACACUGGCGUCUGACUUUAGAAAUUCGUUAUACAUAACAUAUCUUUAAAUUCCAAAUUGUGGCGCCCCGCUUAAGUCUGAAGCACUGCAAUUUUCAUUAUUCAGACGGGGAGAAAAAAUAGUUAUAUACUGUCUAAAAGUAGUUUUAACUGAGGACUAUAAGCUGGUUGUUAUCUGCAGUAGACUGAGCAAUAUAUCAAUAGUUUUACAGUAUAUACUGUUUGUGUCCUGGAAACGGAUGCCUAUUGUAAUAUGCAUGGAGACAUUUCAACACCUUUUUCCCCGUUUUAUAAUUUCUAGGUUUACUGAUACUCAAAAUAUCAACAACCUGUUGCAAAAGAUUGGCAAACUACCGCAUAUUCGAGGUGGAACACGAACUGACAGGGCCCUGGAACUAGCAGCAGAAGACUUCUUUGGUUGGCAGGAGACUGGGGACAGACCGGACGUACCGAACGUGUUGCUUGUGCUGACUGAUGGGAACACAAAUGAAGGCAGUAAACCAUUUUCUCAAGUUCUAACUCCAUUAGAGGUUUUUAAAAUUUCUUAUUACUUUUUUUGCAAACUUGCCUUCUUCUCAAUGGUGGCGGUAUUGUUAAAAAAAAUGUCUAAAAAGUUUCACGGUCUUUCACUUGAUUCUGUGAAGUCCAAAAGGAACUGGACAUAAUCCUUUUCCCAUUCCCCCCCUCCCCCCGGUUAGCUCAAUUGGAUGAGCGAAGGUCUGCCCAACGGGAGGUCGCAGGCUCAAACCCAGGCCGGACCAACACUAAGGGUCUUAAUUAAGAUAACUGAGGAGAAUGUGCUUCCUUUGCUGUGACAUCUACAAAUGGUUAGACAUUCUUGUCUUCUCGGAUAAGGACGGAAAACGUAGGCCCAGCUCUUUUACUGUUCUAAUUCUUGUGGUACAAAAGGAGGGCCAUUAUGAAAACUACUGGGUGACCAGUAAUCAAUGUCUUUACCCUCGUUAAAUAAAGUUAUUACUUACUUACUUACUAAAAGAACCCAGACUGUUUUUCGUAAAGAGUAGGGGACGUAGACCCAGGUGAUGUGGUACAAUCUUUCAUGGGCUGUCUGGGUAAUGAAGGGUUGAUACUUGGGACGCAAGUCCUGGUUCAUGGACCUGUCCCCGUGUUGAGUCACCGUGGCGAAUUCAAUAGUAAAUUCAAGCAAUGUGUCUCUAGUCGUUAUAGAGGUAAAGGCAUUUAUUGGGGUAACAAAUUUAGGGCUAAGAUAAAACCUAAGUGAAAAAAAAAAAUAUAUAUAUAUAUAUAUAUAUAUAUAUAUAUAUAUAUACUUGUAUUCUGGGUAGAACGUAUUCCGUAGAGCGCUCAAUUCAUUUAAUUGAAGAGCAUUGACUAUUAAUAAUCACAGGAGUUCAGGCUUCAGGAGUAAUCAUUGAUCGUUUAUUGCGACAGUGCUGUUUCGAAUGGUCCGAAAUUGUAGGACCACACUCAUCAGGCAACUUCAACGAUUGACCGUUAAAAUUAAAAGCUGGCAGUAAAUAUAGGGAUGCGUUAAGAGAUAGUAUCUAGGUAACAGAUGGAUUGUGUCUUAGUUACGUUACUCUAGAGUUCUGAAGUACAUAUCUGUUUCUGUGGGGGCAUGAACUCGCUAGUUCGUUUCGCCUGUUUAGGUUACAAAGCUCUUUUUUACAAAUGAUGAUAGACUUUUCAUAAAGACAAAGAUUACAUUUUUUGCUAAUGUUGCUAUAGGCUUUACAUUUCUUUAAAACUUUCCAUUUUAUCUGGAAAGGUUUGUUAGAGUCUUGUAAAGUCCAAAUAUAUUUUGAUAGUUCCUAUAGCAACAUUAGCAAAAAAUGUAAUCUUUGUGUUUAUGAAAAGUUGAUCAUCAUUUGUAAAAAAGAGCUUUGUAGCCUAAACAGGCGAAACGAACUAGCGAGUUCAUGCCCCCACAGAAACAGAUAUGUACUUCAGAACUAGAGUAACGUAACUAAGACACAAUCCAUCUGUUACCUAGAUACUAUCUCUUAACGCAUCCCUAUAUUUACUGCCAGCUUUUAAUUUUAACGGUCAAUCGUUGAAGUUGCCUGAUGAGUGUGGUCCUACAAUUUCGGACCAUACGAAACAGCACUGUCGCAAUAAACGAUCAAUGAUUACUCCUGAAGCCUGAACUCCUGUGAUAUAUAUAUAUAUAUAUAUAUGCAUGUAUAUAUUACUAUUUUUUUCAUACUACAAAAACUACUUAUACCUACCUGUUCGCCAUAGAGCCUUUAAAGCUCAGUGGUUAGAGCGUCUGAAUUAGAACUCGGAGGGUAGUGAGUUCGAUUCUCACCUGGAGCUCGUAAUUUUUUCUAAGCUUUCUGGUCUUAGAAUAGGUCAUUUCCGAGUUCCACUGUAUCAAAACAAGGGUAAAAGCUCAGCCUUUGAUAUGGAAAUGUUUUUCAUUCUCUUGCAAAUAAUACUCAUUUUCACAAGAAAGGUUCUGCAAUUGGCCUCAUUCUGAAACUGAGAGUUUUUGGAACUUGGAAGUGGCCUAUUAUUCUUCUUCCAAGUAUAUUCGUUAAGAUCACGGCUUAACUGACAGACGACCAAUAACAUUGCGACUUAAUUGUGCAAUCAGGUCAAUAACCAGAGUUUAAUACCAUCAACUGACGUGAAACAACUCGCUUUGACUCUGAAAAUGACUACCGCAUAGGCAUUGUAUUCAUUCAUUUCAAUCGUCGUUUGCAUGGAACUUACUGAAUUUGCUUUGCAUUGGAAGGCUGCAGGAGUAAGGAGAAUAGCCAUUGGCAUUGGAAAUGAGAUCAAUAAAGGUGAACUUGUACAAAUUGCUGGUAACCAACAGGAUGUCAUUCAAGUAAAUUCGUACGGAGACUUAAUCAAAAAACUGGAAGAUAUCAUGAAACUGGCAUGUGAGGAUCAAGUUCUGGGUAGGUAAAAUAUUAUACAACUACUACCCUUACAUACCAAUCCUGAGGAGGGGGUAGUGCCUUUUUUUACAGUGUGUCGGGGGUCUUUCGAGUGCAUUUGACAAUUCUGUCGUGAAUUCAGUAAGAAAAAUUAUUUUCUUCCUACCAAUAAUCCAGUUCUACCUGCCAAGAAACACCGAUAAGCCACAUUUCGUCGUUGUUUUGGUAUUUGUAGGUAAAGCUCAUUCAUUCGUCCUUAAAAUGUCGUCUCUGGAAAUUUUUGCGAAACGGGACGCCAUAUUGACCCCCGUGCUCAAACAGUGGAUAGCCAGGGGUAUUCUGAGUUUGAUUUAAGGGAGCCAAUUAAAUUUCUAUCCGAUGUCUGGGUUUAUUUGCCAGAGAUCUGAGUCCGGUAUUAAAUAAAUCAUUUUUUGUUAGUUUAAAGAUUACUUGUCCAUUUCUCUUAGAUCUUUGAGGAGACCUGGUUUUUUUUUCCUGUUAGGAUCCUGCGGUGCCUGGGGUCCCUGGGGAACUUGCAGUAAGACCUGUGGAUCUGGAUUCAAGGUUCGCAGAAGACAAUGUCCGAGAAACAGUCUACACUUAAAAGAACAAAAAUUAAGCUGCAAUACAAAUCUGUGCCCAGGACAAGGUAAAAGAUAACGAAUAUUUUAAAAAUAUCCUUAUAUGAUAGAAGUUGUGAAGAUUUAUAUUCUGACCUCCCUUUUUGUGUAGAAUUUGGUAAAUUUGGCGUAUUUACAUCAGACUCCUUAGGGAGCUUUAGCAACGACGACGGCGACGGCAACGAGUGACGUCAAAAAAGCAAUAGAUUUACUACGCAAAACAACAAGUUUGCUCGUGCAUCACGCGUUUUUGUACAUUUCUUUACCGUCCUUGCACGAUUACAACGUGAAAAUGCCUAAUUGCAAGUUUCAUGGAGGACGUAAACAAGCGACGACGAAUCUCUUUUUCUCUCUUUAAACUUGCGUGCGGUCCUCAAGAAAUCAACUCCAGGGAAAUUCGCCUAACUAGCGAUUUUCAGCAAAUUGGAAUAAUCGCGACAAAGAUUGAAGAAACGGGAAUUCAUUUUAGAACUAACGUUUUCGCUGCCGUUGCCGUCGUCGAUGCUAAAGCUCCUUAUUACAACGGGGAAAGGGGAGCGGGGAACGAGAACUGGGAAAGGGAAAAUAAGAAAAUGGGAACAAAACCUAACUUGAACGCUAGUCCUAUCAGUAACUUCGUCCCAGUUCUCUGCUUUGUUCCCAUUUUUCAUCUUCCAGUUGCCCGUGCUCGUUCCCAGCCCCCUGUUCCCUGUUUUAUUAGCAUCCAUCUACAAAAGGCAAGUUAAAGACAAGGUUUACUUUAUUUAUGCAUGGUUAAAAAGAAAUAGUUUAAAACGUUUAAAACCAAAUUACAUUUUUACUGACCAUUGCUAAUUUAUAAUAUUAAAAUUUUUCAGUUAUUACAUACAAAAAAACAUGUUUUCCAUGCGGCAUGCCGUGCCUUUCUUGAUAUUGUAGUAAUUGUUCAAAACGUCGACCAUUUAUUCGAAACGAACUGUUUGAUCUCUUUAAAAACCCAAUGUGUAAUGUGUCGUUCCCGGGAUAGUGACGUGGCUAUAUUGAUAUUCAUUUCGCUGCCCUUUCAAAUAUAUUUCCUCCUUCCGCUUAGAUUCUACAGAAAUUGGCCGUAAAGAACGGUUAACAAUAGGUGUUUAAACAAUCCUGUUUUCUCUUUUAACAACAUAAAGCACCCUGCAAAGACAAUCGUGCAGACUGUCCGUCUCUUGCGGCGGCCGGAAAGUGUUGGAAACAAGCUAUAGGGCAAAAGUUCCAUCAAACAUUCACCCUGUGGAAUCAAUGCAAGAAAAGUUGUCGCAGAUGUAACGGUAAGAAGAGAAAAAAAGUGUCGUAAAAUAUAGUGUUUUUAAAUAAUGUCUUGGACCAACAAGUAGCAGGAACAACGGCACACAUAGAUCACCAUCCGUAACAGCCUUGGGACAGUUCUACCGUUGUGUUCAGAAGAUCACCUAAUACAAAUGUAUGAUAGUCACUUUCUGGCGGGAGCUAUUUACACGCAAUCUCCAUUCUAAACAGAGAGAACUGGAAUAAGAAGAAACCUAGUAAAGCUGUAUUCAUACUAAACCUCAGUUCUGAAUAACUACUUCCGUCCGGCAGUGGAUCCCAGCCCUCGCCGAUACGGAUUUACUUCCGUCACGUCCGUGUACCUGUUCAUAGAGUACAGUCCGGUACAGUUUUGUUUUGACGAAAUAGUUCUUUUUUAAAGUGAAUUAAUUGUAAAUAGGAUUUUAAUAGUUAGCAUUGUUAUCAAUAAAAUAUGUUCGAACCAGUACAGUUUAACCCUCUAAUCAGUUAUCUUGUUACCAAGGCGUUGAAUUGGCGACCACACGGUCAACCAAUGCAGCGAAACCAAUCUUAUCUUGCGUACACCUCUUUGCUUGUUCAAUAGAGACGUUUAGUAGUUUUGCAAUAUUUGUCCAAGGGUUCCGUUGUGUGACAAUCCGAUAUGUGACGAUCCACUUUCAAGCUCGGCGCAGUGCUGGUUCACUCCUUUACAGAAUUUGCGCGGAAAUCACCGUUCUUGUCUUUGAACAGAAGCCCUAUGCGGUAUGGUUUUCGAGUCGGGGCUCGAGCUAUAUUGUAUAGUAUGAGAAUGGGCCGAUCUCCACCUAUUCCAAACAAAGUUUGUGAUUUUUUGUGCAAACAAUAGGGGUGGUGACAUAACAAUGCCCCUAUCCUUGAAAAUAAUAGGUGGUGCAGGUUAUAGGAACCAAUGAAGUAAGAGGCUUCGAUGUGUGCAGGUCAAUCGGUGAACAUAGCCUAAGGCUGAGCGCAGUGUGUUCAGUAAAGAGUGUUAUCAUAACACUCUUUGUUACCAGGGGUAAUUUUUCGUUUCUUUUUGCUAGUGGAUUCUAAAUGCCAGGAUAAUGAUCCAUAUCAAUGUCCUUGGCUGGCUGCUCAAGACCGACGCUGGUGUCGACGCAUGAAAAGUAAGAAACUGUGA